CCUGAGCACAAUGGCAGCAUCUUUCGUCCCAAUCAUCAUCUUCACGGCCCUUUGGGGUGUGGUUGGCAUUGUUUUGCCCUUCCUCGCGCCCAAAGGCCCAAAUCGAGGGAUUGUUCAGUGCGUGCUGAUGUUAACCGCAUCCACUUGCUGGUUGUUCUGGCUCUGUUGCUACAUGGCCCAGAUGAAUCCCUUGAUAGGCCCGAAGCUCCACCAGAACACCAUCCUCAUCAUGGCCCGCGAAUGGGGCAAUCCUCUGCCGGACAUUGAUUCCUGGAAUCCAGAUGAGCACGCUGCUGCGACCCACUAAAUACCUAUCAGUCAUUAUCUUCUAUCAGAAGUAAUUUCCAUUGUAAAUUGUAAUUAUUAUAUCGUGUCUGUAGAAUUGUGAUGAAAGAAGCUUACGUUAAAUAAAGGAAACUGGUAGAGAAA